UCUCUCUCUAUAUAUAGAGGAUAUAGAACCAUAUUUCACCUUACAAGAUACGAGAAAGCUUCCUUUUUCUCUGAAAUCGAUCUCAAAAUAAACCUCUCUCAAAUAUUUUUGUUCUCUUGCGACGAUGAUGAUGAACCAAGACGUGAUUCAAGAGAUCCUCUCUCAUUGUCCAGCGACGGAGAUUGCAAGGUUCCGUUUACUAAACAAAGAAUGCAACAAACGAAGUUACGAGUUGAGUUUUAUCGAUCAUCAUCUCCAUAGAGCCAACUCUGUUUUCGGCUAUUUUGUUCAUUACGAAGACAAAUGGUUUAGGUAUCGCACCCGUUUCAUCCCCGGCAUUGAAGAUGAACAAGAAGAUCAAGAAGACAAAACAUCAAUCUCGCUUGAGUUUCUUCCUCGGAACAACACAAAGAUCGAAGCUUGUGAUACAAAUCAUGGGAUUUUGCUCUGUAUCGGUGAUAGGUUUAAAGGUGUGAAAACAAUACCAGAGUACAUUGUUUGUAAACCGGCUACAAAGCAGUACCGGAUCAUACCAAACCCGAAAACUCGAUAUAGGAAGAUCGCAACCGGUUUGAUGGUGAUUUCUUCGAACCCUUUUAGGUAUAAGAUCAUUAGGGUUUCUGAACCAAGGAAUUGGAUGACCAAGGAUGGUUACUAUAAUAACAACUGUGAGCUUUUCGAUUCUGAUUCGUUCACGUGGAAGCGACUGAAUGGUUUCGAGUUAGCUGAGUUUUUCCCUAGAGAAGCUAUACCUGUAUCCGCAUAUUCUUGCUUGCAUUGGUUAACAGGGAAGAACAACGUGAUCCGGUUCUGUAUGCGAACCGAAACUUGGUCUAUCUUCUCUGUUCCGGACGAACUAUUAGGUGAUAAGAGUCUCGUCUUGGUCAGCUACGAAGGGAAACUAGGUGUAAGUACUUUACAUUCGGAGUCAAGAAACGGAGCUGAGUUAUGGGUUUUGGAGAACAGUUACAGAAAGUGUUGGGUUAAAGUGAAAGAUGCAAAAGUUACAGCGUUGAAAGAUGAAUAUGCACAACCCUUGUGGUUCCCAAGUAGCGACGUCGUAUCAGUAGCGGCUAGUGAUCGGCUUGGUCUUUACAAUAUGAACAACAACAUCUGUCGAUAUUUGCAUAAGGAGAAACUUUUGUUCCCGUUCGGAUACUCACCAAGUUAUCAUCUUAUCCCUUUCUACUCAAACUACGACAGAGUUGGUUUGGAUAAAGAUUAA